UUAAACACAGCUGAGCUUUCCUCAUCGGCAAUUGUUCGAUCCCUCCGAUUAUGGCGGCUACUGCGAUUGCUCUUCACCUAAGAGCUAAAAUCAGGCCAGUAUCAAACCCUAGAUUUUCUCACCUUUAUUCAUCAUCAUCAUCGAAUUUCAAUGAGGAGCCCCAAGCAGCAGAGUCUCAAUCUCAUCCUGAUUCGUCUUCUUCGUCGUCGUCUUCAUACUUUAGCGACACCAAAGCCAAACUGAGACAGCAGUAUCCACAACAACCAUUUCAUCUCUCCUCCAAUGGCCCCUUUUCAUCGCCAGCCACUUCAAAAGUUGCCUCUAUGGAAGAAAUACGAAAGAAUCUCUCCAAUUUCAAACAGCGGGCCUCUCCACAGCGUCCGCAACCGUCAUCGAAACCAGAUCCUCUCUCAUUUCAUGAACUUUACCAGCGCAGCGUGAUCCCGAAAGAUGGAAAAUCGAUGGGAGAACCGGGAAAAGGUACGACAACAUCGUUCGCUUCAAUUCGCGAAAGCUUGAAGCUGAUUGAUAAGAAUCGAGACAUUGGUAAGGGAACUGAUUCUAUGUCGCUUUCGAAUGUCAAGGAGAGUUUUAAACUAAAACCUGCUGAUUCUGUUGUAAGAGGUCAAUCUAAUGUGUUUGGUAGAACGAACAAUCUUCCUUCUUCUGUGUUUGGGAAGGAAAUGAAGGAUAAGAGGAUGGUUGAAUCACCUUCCAUGAAGACGGAGUUUAUGAAGACGUAUACGUAUGAUCAAUUGGGGGAGAAGCUGAAGAAGUUGAGGCCAAAUACUGAAGCUGAUAAUUGGUUUUCGUUAACAGAGUUGAAUGAGAGGCUGGUGAAGCUUAGGGAGAUUGAACAGAAGGAGAGUGACUCUAUGGCUGGUGGCUUCAACUUCAAGGUUUUGAAGGAAAGCAUUAAGAUGGUGUCAGAUGCUCAAAAGAAUAUGACUCUACCAGUUCCGAGGUUUGAUAUCAUAGGAAACCUCAAUGAAACUCCUUCUUACAUGAGGAAUCCACCAAAGGAGCAAUUAUUUGAGAAGUAUUUUCAUCCUGAUAACAUGUCAUCGGCGGAGACAAUGAAGCUUGAGCUGGCAAAAGUCAGGGAAGAAUUUAAAAUGUCCGAAUCAGAUUGUGGAUCUGCUCGUGUCCAAGUUGCAACACUGACAACAAAGAUCAAACAUCUCUCGAAUGUCCUACACAAGAAGGAUAAACAUUCUAGGAAGGGUCUAAUUGAAAUGGUAGAGAGGAGGAAAAAGCUAUUGAAGUAUGUGAGAAGAACAGACUGGGAUUCAUACUGCCUCUUACUAUCUAAACUAGGCCUCAGAGACAAACCGACAGAUAAACGUCUAAUAAAGCGCUAAACCAUCAUCCGUUUUUCUUUCAGUUCUCAAAUCAGCCUAUAUGGUUAGUUGAAAGUGGAAGUAUCUAUUUUCUAUGUUCAAUUUUUGAAACAAUUGCUAUUAUAUGUUCAAUCAUAACAAGGAACAAAGGCAGGCUUGGAAAACAGAUACUCUCUGCUUGAUUGCAGGUUUGAUCUAAUUAGGAUAAGUCUUUUGGAUAAAUUUUUGGAUGUGCUUUAAUUUGAAUGGCCAGCCAGGAAUGUAGAUUGAAUGUAUCAUUUGAGCACGAAUGCUACAUUCCAAGAUUAUGUUUGUAAUGACUAAGGUCAUUCUAUCAAAUUUCAUGAAAUUUAUUAUAUAUGAUCAUA